UUUUUUUAUAUUUAAAAAAGUUAAAAAAAAACAGAGAGCAGAGAAAACUAUGAAGGAUCGGCGCGAUCUUCCGGCGAAGAGAGUUAACGAUCAAAGCUGAAAUCCGUUUAUUUGGAACUGGCUUCGAGCUGAGUUUAGACAAAAGUGGUGUUUUUCAGGAUCGCUGUAGGGAGCAGCUUGCGUAGAAGUGCGUGGAAGCGAAUGAGGGCUCCGGAGACUCCAUAGUGUCUCUGUUGCUCCCUCUGUCUCUUAACUUUUAACCCAUUGUACGAUGGACCAGGCUACUAGUGACCCAAGAUCAGGGCAGAACACAUCUCCGGGAAAAGAUCUCAAAAGGAAGAGAGCUGAGAGCCCCGGUAGCCUCUCGCCAGUCAGGAAACGAGUGCCCGCCGACAUGCCUCUAGCAUUCUCUGGAUUUUCACACGAAAACGAGGUCUCUCUCUUUUUUCCCCCUGACGAGCUCAGAUCAGACUGUCCGCAGAUGUUAGUGCACAGUUUCUCGGCUAUGGAUCGACACGAUGGAACCAGUAAUGGGACUCCACGUUUGCCCCAGUUAGGGACAGUCAGCCAGUCUCCAUAUCCGACCGCCCCGCCGCUGUCUCACACCCCUAACACGGAUUUCCAGCCACCUUACUUCCCUCCACCGUACCAACCCAUCUACCCGCAAUCGCAGGACCCUUAUUCCCAUGUGAACGACCCGUACUCGCUCAACUCUCUGCACCCGCAGCCGCAGCCGCAGCACCCGACCUGGCCGCAGAGACAGAACCAAGAAGCCGGCAUCCUGCACCAACACCGCGCUCUGCCGCAGCUGGCUGGCUUGGACCCACGGAGAGACUACCGGCGGCCUGAGGUCCUACUACACAGCACCCACGGACUCGAUUCCGGCCUUGGAGAUUCAUUACCCAUCCACAGCAUCGCACACGCCAUCGAGGAUGUACAGCAUGUUGAUGACCAAGGCAUUAACAUCCAGGACCACACCGUUAUUAAAAAAGGUCCCAUGUCCCUAUCCAAGUCACACAGUGGGGCUGUCACCUCGAUCUCAGUUAAUAAGGACGGGCUCUUUGGAGGGGUUGCGAACCCAAACGAGGUGUUCUGUUCAGUUCCGGGUCGCCUCUCCCUCCUCAGUUCAACAUCAAAGUACAAGGUGACGGUGGCGGAAGUGCAGAGACGCCUCUCUCCGCCUGAGUGUCUCAAUGCUUCGUUACUGGGCGGAGUGCUGAGGAGAGCGAAAUCUAAAAAUGGAGGACGAUCAUUAAGAGAAAAAUUAGACAAAAUUGGAUUAAAUUUACCAGCCGGUAGACGCAAAGCUGCCAAUGUAACGCUAUUAACAUCACUUGUUGAGGGUGAAGCCGUGCACCUUGCCCGGGAUUUUGGUUACGUUUGCGAAACGGAGUUCCCAGCCAAAGCAAUAGCCGAGUACGUCAACCGACAACACUCCGAUCCCAACGAGCAAGUGACGCGCAAAAACAUGUUACUGGCAACAAAACAAAUCUGCAAAGAGUUUACAGACUUGCUGACACAAGACCGAUCUCCUUUGGGGAACUCACGACCUGCCCCGAUCUUGGAGCCUGGUAUUCAGAGCUGCCUGACUCACUUCAGUCUAAUCACACACGGCUUCGGGAGUCCGGCUCUGUGCGCUGCUAUAACCGCCUUACAGAACUAUCUCACCGAAGCACUCAAAGCCAUGGACAAAAUGUACAUGAACAAUACUCCCAACAACCACACGGGUGAAAAUCCCAGUAAAAGCGGAGACAAGGACGAGAAACACAGAAAGUAGUUGGAUAGCAAACUACAAUUUCCUAAAGAAACAAAACAUUUAAAAGUUGUCAUAUAGGUGUGACUGUUUCCCUCUCAACCUGGAACUCGGAGCCUUAGCGAGCAGAAAAGGCGAUGAAGAACUUUGAACUGCUUUUUGAGAGAGAGAAAAAAGACGAGAAGUUUCUAAAACUUUUUACCGAGUUAAACCUUCAUCGGACUGCAUCUUGAUUGACAUACCCCGUUGUUUAAGUCUAUUAAGAUUGUAGUCACAAUCAUUUAAAGAAGGUAACGAAAGCACAUUUUAUCAGUAUUGUAAGUAAACUCGAGCAGUUCUUCUGUCAUUACCAUCGUUGUUGACAAAAUGAAAUCCUCUGAGGUAUUGGUCAAUUUAAACAUCUAUUGCAACUUGCAGUUCACGGUAUAAUAAGGGAAACAAUGUUCAUGUAUGUAUAUAUUUAUUUAUGCGUAAUUUAAUGGGAAUUGUAAAUAUGGUGCGUCUGUUUAAGCCUUUAUUUUAUUUAUCUGGUGAUAUCGUUUACCUCCUGUAAGUGGGUUUUAAUCUUCAUCACAUACAGUAGAUCUUUCCGUGAUUUUAUGGUACUGACUUAGAAAGAUAUUGGGGAAACCCUGGGAAACACAUUUUAGCCCUCUGUAGCAUGUUGUGGCGAUAAGCAGUUGAGCAAAAUCCAAGGUGGGGGGGGGGGGGCGGGGGGAGAAACGAGUUUUAUAUGAUAAGCAUCGAAUUUAGUUUAUAAUACCACAGAAAUACGAAUUUAAGAAUAAUACCUAAUUUUUUUUAAAAAAGCAUCUGUGAUGUUUUUUUUGUGUUUUAAAAUAUCCCAUGUGUUGUGACAAAGGAAUUAUCUGACACCAUGUCUUCUUUCCCUACUGAAAAAAACCAGAGCAAUAAACUGAUAUUGUCUAUAGAACGGUUUAGUAUUUUAUUGUUGAACUGACAGCAUUUGGGACGAGCUGAUAUCUUGUAUGACCGGUGGCUAAAUUGGAAACAGUUUUUAGCUGUAUUAUAUAGAGUUGUGUUGGCAAUAGUUUACAUGCCUGUCGAUGUAUCAUAGUCCUUUGUUACCCAGAUAAAUAAAUAUUUGAUACGCUUUAUGUCGAUUUUUUUUUAUUCAGUGGCUCUGUUUUGCCCAGGCGUAUUUUUACUUGGCAGUAUUUUCCUGCAGCCUUUCUGUAUGGCUUGCAGUAAUUGGGUUUAACUCUCCCUUGGCAAUUGCUCCCCCGCAAU